UUCUGUUGGUGUAUUAAUUCUCUUCGAAACUUUAUCAAUAUAUUAUCCAUAAAAAACUCACUUUGCUUGGCAUGUUCGCAAUUGGCAUAUUUGAUGGAGAGUACAUAUCACCAAGUUACUUUAUGAUGUACGUAAGGAUAACCUUUACUAAAUUCUAUGAAGUGUUUUGUAUUUGAAUACUUGAGCGAGAAAAAGAGAACUAUAUCCCUCAAAUUUCUUAUGAUUCUGCAGUGCAGUCCUUGUGAUUCAGUAGGGGCUUACUAUAGUAUUGACACCGCAUCAAAAGAUAUCUAACCCCCAAGUUAACAUUUUGUGUCGAAGAUUCAUUUAUCACUUGUCAAAAGGAGUUAAAAAGACGCAAGGAUUGCCCUAUGUCAGCGAGUUGUAAUCAAGUUCAUUACAAGGAAUUUUUGGUUUGUUAUUUUGUUCGUUCCUUUCAUGCGAAGCACCAUUUAUCAUUUUUCGUUCAGAUGAUGAACAAAAAAUCGCACGGCGGAACACCAGGCUGCGACAAAAUAAUACCCCAAAGUCGACAGAGGGUCAAUCCCUUUAAAAGUAAACCCAGGGCACAAAGCAUCAGCAAUCUAUAGAAACAAGAAAACACAACAAAAAAGAGUGUAGUCACGUUCGUGAGCCAAAAUUGGUCUAAUUAAGUAUGCUAGUGAGGGUAUUUUUCUUCCCCUGUCUGUAUCUGACCAGUAUACCGCCCUGCAAUCACUGUGUCACCCGUUUGAAGGGCCGGGACCCCACGUUUUGAUGUACCAUUGUGAAGAUGCAUGACAAGAAUAUCACAAAAAAUGAACAAAAAGAACUGUAGACGGAAUAAUGCUAAAUCUAUUGAGAUAUGCUCGAACAAAUUGCCAAGGCUUGGUUACAGUGGUUCUGCAUCAUCGUUUUUCAGCAUUUUGUAAUAAAGCCUGUCGCCCUGUCACGCAAUGCAUUCAUUUUCACAUAACUUGAUGACAUCAGGGGCUAGGAAAGGAAACCCUCAACGUGGGAAACGACCUAGAAAACAGCUGAUAUUUCUGAAAAAUUAUGUCCAUACGAUGGACACGAAACACCACUAUUUGUGGUUUUGAGUCUAGUUUCGGACCUAGGGCCGUCCGUAAUUGUGGACUGUAGGAUAUCUGUGAAAUAUCAGUAUUGUACUGUGUGCCGGUAGCGAGCCUCAGGAUUCAAAAUGAAAAUGUUUUUAGUUUCAACGACGUCUCCUUUUCAUCAAAAGACACGCAACGCUCCGAAGGAAUACUGGGCAAAAUUCUUAGUUUGAACUGAAAAGUUUUCUUCAAACCGAUUCAAAUGUGGCUACAAUACCUCUUUCUGGCAUGUUUCUGUUGGUUUAAGGGAGUCCGCUGUGCAGGAGUCAAUAGCUUUGACGUGAGUUGUGGAACUGGUACGUCAAGUCAAUGGGGGAUCUCAUACUCCGGUGCGGAUGCGGCGCAAGUCUAUGCUGAUGGAAAAGCGGCAACAUGUAAUUUCACCGAAGAGUUUGACACCAGCACCGGAGUUACCAGAUACUAUUUUUCCAAUAUACACCAAAAUAAUGGAGUCGAUUGUGGAAGAAAAAAACACGGCAAUGCUGAGAUCUAUUCUGUGAACAUAGUGGUUCAGGAGUCCGCCAACACCAGAGUAGUAUCGGAUCAAGUUUACACCAUAACAUGUCCAUAUAUCGUCACAGGUCAGGGGUCAUCCAACAACCCCGCGACGAUAACUAUAGGGCAGUCGAGUACUAUACCUAAGGUGGAACCCGGCGCGGCCCUUGCAAGCGGCACCUUGGAUUUGACGGUGGUGGACGCUCAGAAUGCCACAGUGACGUCAGUGGUUUUGGGUCACCCAAUCCGACUGCUUGCUAUUUACAAAAACAACGCCCCAGCAGAACAGGGUCUCAUGGUAAUAGGUUGUGAAGCUCGAGAUGCACAGCCUUUUACGCUACAACAUUUCUUUUUAGUGGCCGGAUGCGGUCAGGGAGACGUUAUUAAGAGCAAUGAGGGAUUUACGACAGUUGGAUAUGAAUCUAUUUCCCCAUUUUUCAAGGCUUUUGCUUUCACGCAGAAAAACACCAUAUUAUUUGCCUGCGAUUUCGCACUGUGUCCAAUUGCUGGGCGCUGUGAUGGCUCCUCAUGUACGCCGGUGGGUCGUCGAAAGAGAUCACUUGUUAACAGCACGAUGGUGACCAGUCAACCAGUGCGGAUACUGUCGUCCGGUGAUUAUGCAAGCUCACAGUUCUGUCAGAACCAAUCAGAGAAAUCUUCAAUGUGUUUUCAAAGCAUUGGCUUCAUCAUCAGCAUGACCGUUCUGGGAUGCAUCAUUGUCAUCCUCUUCGUCAUCGUGACAGUGUUGACCAUUAGAUACUUCAGAAGUCGCCCAAACACUACCAAGAGCGUUAAAAAAUCCAGGGAUUCUAGAUCAAGGCCCAGAUCUGUCCAAAGAACGGUUUAAAUGGAACCUAAGUUUGUGGACUAUUAAUUCGUUAUAAUUUUGUGAUGUGAUGAUGUCAAGCGGUGGGACGUAGUUACGACAGUUUUGUACUGAGAACUGUUUUAAGAAACUUUUGUAUGACGGUGAAGAGAAAAGUUUUUAAGAUUAUUAUUAUUAUUAUUAUUAUUAUUAUUAUUAUUAUUAUUAUUGCGUUUUGGUCUUUUUGGUGGCAAAACACUAUGGUUUUGUAGAGUCUUAUGAUAAAUGAUAUUAGAUUCCCCUUCCUUUUUCAGACUGUAUUGCUUAUUUUCACCAUUGCUCGUAAUGUAUAUAAUAUAAUAUGAUUAAAGAUAUAAGGGGUGGAAAA